AUGUCUUCCCAAACUAUCCAAGAAUGUGGCCCUAAAAUUUCAGAAGCAAAUUCAAAUUGUUUUGGAGUUAUAGAAGAAAUAGUGAGCAAACGUCGAGCAGGAAUACGAGCGGCCAGAUCGCUCGGAGUGCCAGACGACCACAAACGAGUGCGUGGGACAUAUACAAAAGCGCAUGGGUACUCGUCUCCGCAGCAAGAGAAGCUCGGUGGAAAGAAGCGGCUCACCGAGGCUUUCAUAAAAAAAUUAACAAUUUAUUACGGUCUGGCGAUUCGAAGAAACUGA